CAAGGGUGUAAAACACGGUGGUGACCCUAACAGGAAGACCUGGAAAGAGAUGCGGGAUGCGGAAAGAGAAGGCAUUGACCCUACAGUACUCAUCUUGGGAGCUGGGCAGGGUGGACUUACUGUCGCUGCACGGCUGAAGAUGCUUGGUGUACCCGCAUUGAUGAUCGAUCAGAACGAAAGAGUGGGUGACAACUGGCGCAAACGCUAUCGGCAACUCGUGUUACACGAUCCAGUAUGGUAUGACCACCUACCAUAUGUGCCUUUUCCUGCGCAUUGGCCAGUGUUCACACCUAAGGAUAAGCUUGCCGAGUUCUUUGAAGCGUAUGUGACCCUUCUCGAGCUCAACGUUUGGACUUCCACAACUAUUAAGUCAACCUCAUGGCAUGAGGGUAAGAAGCAGUGGACGGUGACGAUUGAGCGCCGAAAACCAGACGGGAGCACUGAAACUCGGACGCUGCACCCACGACAUAUUGUGCAGGCGACUGGCCAUUCCGGCGAGAAAAACUUUCCCAAGAUAAAGGGCAUGGAGAGCUUCAAAGGCGACCGCCUAUGUCACAGCUCUGAGCACCCAGGCGCGAAUCCAGAGUCAAAGGGCAAGAAGGCGAUAGUUGUAGGAAGCUGCAACUCUGGUCACGAUAUCGCACAAGACUUCUUCGAAAAGGGUUACGAUGUGACUAUGGUUCAGCGCAGUACAACAUGCGUGGUCACCUCCACUUCUAUAACUGAUAUCGCAAACAAGGGUCUCUACGACCAAGACUCACCACCUCUCGAUGAUGCCGAUCUUACCUUUUGGAGUCUGCCAAGUGCAUUAAUGAAAUUGAUACAAACCAAGGUCACUGCACUCUCAGCCCAGGCCGAUAAGGAGAUUCUCGAUGGUCUUCGUAAAGCUGGCUUCGGCCUGGAUAAAGGACCAAUGGACUCAGGUUUGCUGAUGAAGUAUUUCCAGCGCGGUGGAGGCUAUUACAUCGAUGUCGGUGCAUCUCAAUUGAUUAUUGACGGUAAGAUCAAGAUCAAGCAGGGCCAGGAGAUCUCCCAAAUCCUGCCUAACGGCAUUGAGUUUGCCGAUGGCCAUAAGUUGGAAGCUGACGAGAUCGUGUUCGCAACCGGGUACCAGAACAUGCGAACACAGGCACGAAAGAUUUUUGGUGACGAAGUCGCGGACCGUGUGAAUGAUGUUUGGGGCUUCAACGAAGAGGGUGAGUUCCGGACCAUGUGGCAGAAGAGUGGGCACCCCGGUUUGUGGUUCAUGGGCGGCAAUCUUGCUCUGUCUCGUUACUACAGCAGGAUCUUGGCAUUGCAGAUCAAGGCCAUCGAGGAGGGAAUCACGGGUACUUCUGGGUCAGCUGCAAAGGCAAACCUAUAGACUUGGAGUGCUGUUUAGAUCAUACACAAUGCAAGACAUGCUCGAAGUUUCAACACGCCAUGCGCAGUGGUGCCAUC